GCUUGUGCUGGUCCUCACUGUGCCACCUUUACCUCAGCUUAAAAAUGACAACUUCAGGGAUGCAAAAGGGUAGUCCUCUGACGCUGGUGCUCAUGGUUGCCUCUGCAGCCAUCGGAGGAACUCUGCAGUAUGGCUACAACCUGGCCAUAAUGAAUGCUCCAACAACUUUCAUCCAAACCUUCAUCAAUGAGACUUUCCUGCAACGCUGGGACAGCCAGCUGGAGGACUACCAGGUGACUCUGGUGUGGACAAUCAUUGUCUCCAUCUUCUCUUUGGGGGGAUUUGCCGGAGCGCUCAUAGCAGGACCAAUGACCAUCCGCUUUGGGAGGAAAAAAUGUCUGCUGCUGAACAAUGUUUUCCUCAUGAGCGGAGCUCUCUUGGCCCUCACAAGCCGAGCUGCCGGGUCGUUCGAGAUGAUCAUGCUCUCACGUGUCCUGAUUGGAAUAAACGCUGGAAUCAGCAUGAAUGUACAACCCAUGUAUUUUGGAGAAAGUGCACCAAAGCACUUGAGAGGAGCCAUCUCUCUGUCAUCGGCUGUUUUCACUGCUUUCGGUGUCGUCCUGGGGCAGAUCGUUGGUCUCAGGGAGAUUUUGGGGUGUGAGUCAUGCUGGCAGUAUCUGCUCGCCAGUAAUGCUGUUCCUGGCUUCAUCCAGCUUCUGACCCUGCCAUGGUUUCCAGAGAGUCCCAGAUACCUGCUUAUCGACAGAGGGGACAAAGAGGCUUGUAUUAAUGCUCUGCGUCGUCUUCGAGGCUGUGAGGUUGAGAGUACUGAGCUCGAUGAGAUCCUGCAGGAACAGGCAGAAACUAAAGGCAUGAGACCAAGACGGCCAUGGGAGCUUUUCACUGAUCGCUCUGUGCGCUGGCAGCUCAUCUCUGUUAUCGUCAUCAGCAGUGCCAUGCAGCUCUGUGGAAACGAUUCAAUUUACUUCUAUGCAUCUUACGUGUUUAAGGAGGCCGGCAUAUCUGAAGAGCAAAUUCAGUAUGUCACAAUCGGCACUGGGACUUGUGAGUUCACAGCGUGUAUUCUGUGUAAUCUGCUGGUUGAGCGUAAAGGUCGGAGGUUCAUGUUGAUGGGAGGAUUCCUCCUCAUGACCAUCUGGGCCAUCGUCUUCACCAUCGCUCUGUCAUUUGAGCUGUAUGUGUCUUGGAUGUCUUACUUGAGCAUGGCCUGCAUCUUCACCUAUAUUCUCAGCUUUGGGAUGGGACCAGCUGGAGUAACCGGCAUUCUUCCCACUGAGAUCUUCAACCAGGCGGCGCGGCCAGCUGCAUACAUGAUUGCUGGCUCCAUGAUGUGGCUCAACCUAUUCAUCGUUGGGAUGAUCUUCCCAUUUCUGGUGAGUGGACUGAGUGAAUACUGCUUUGUACCUUUCGGAGCCAUCUGCCUGUCGUCCGCUCUGUACAUCGGCCUGUUUUUACCAGAGACGAAGGGAAAAUCUCUCUCAGUCAUCACAAGUGAAUUCCACAGGAUGAACUUCAAAGGCCAAAAUGACAGAAGUUUGGAAUUACAGACUCAGUAUAAGCUGGGCGAAGUGUGUCUUUCCACAGCCUUAUAGGCAGACUAUUUACUGCAACCAGUCGACAAUGUGCUUGAUUUUAUUAAUAAAGAAAAAAAUAAACUGUAGGUGAAUCAGGAGGGUGUUUCUGUCUCACCAU